UCAUUGAUGUCGUCUGAAUGAUAAAUCGAUGUGAAGUUAAUUAACUUUCAACUAAUUUCGUUUGAAAAGUUUUCUUGUUUCAAACGACACCACAAACGAAAAAUUUCCAAAAUUAAAUCUUUCAAUUUUCCUACCGCGGUUAUCAAGUUAUUUGGUUGUGACUAUUUUUACCGUUAUUUUUGUGUUUGUGUGUUUUUCCUUCUUCAUUGAUCAUCAGAUAAUCUCCAAAAAAAAGUCUUAAAUCUAAGAAGAAAAAAAAAAUUUCAAACGUAAACAGCUAAAACAACAAAAAUUCAUAAUGUCGCAUCAUAGCGACGAAGCAAUACCAUCGGCUACAUCCGAUAGUUUUUGGGAACCAGGAAAUUAUAAAAAAACAACAAAACGUACUGAAGAUGGACAUAAACUAUGUAAUGAUCUGAUGACAUUAAUAAAAGAACGUUCAGAAAUUGAAUAUGGUUAUGCAAAAAAUCUUCGACAAUGGGCAAAAAAAUGGGAAGAAAUGAUUGUAAAAGGACCAGAAUAUGGUACAACUGAAUCAGCAUGGAAAGGUGUUCUUGGUGAAGCUGAAAAACGUUAUGAUUUACAUAUGAAAAUAAAAAAUGAUUUAGAAAAAGAUGUUAUUAAUAAAAUACGUAAUUGGCAAAAAGAUAAUUAUCAUAAAAAUGUAAUGCAUUUGAAAGAGAAAAAAGAAUUUGAUGAGGCGUUUAAAAAAGCACAAAAACCAUGGGCCAAAUUAUUAAGUAAAGUUAAUAAAUGUAAACAAGAUUAUUUUAAUGCUUGUAAAAAUGAACGUUCAGUUACUAAUCAGGAAAGAAAUGCAUCCGGUGAUACAUCAUUAUCUCCUGAUCAGGUAAAAAAAUUACAAGAUCGUGCACAAAAAGCAAAAGAUGAAGUACAAAAAACCCGAGAAAAAUAUGAUCAAGCAUUAAAAGAAAUUAGUAUGGCUAAUUCAAGAUAUAUUGAAGAUAUGGAAACUGUAUUUGAACGUUGUCAAGAAUUUGAAGAAAAACGUUUAAAAUUUUUUAAAGAAAUUUUAUUCACAAUUCACAAUUGCCUUAAUCUAACAAAUAUGCCUGAAUUAGUAACGAUUUAUGAAGAAUUUAGGCAUACAAUACAGAAUGCUGAUGCAUCAAAAGAUUUAAAAUAUUGGUCAAAUACAUAUGGUGUUGGUAUGCCAAUGAAUUGGCCACAAUUUGAGGAAUAUUGUGAAGAAUUUCGUGAAAUAAUCAAAAAGAAAACAACAACAGCAACAACAAUAUCCGAAAAUGGAAUAACAUUGGUUAAUCAACAAAAAUUAACUGAAGAAUUACCUGAAUACAAUCAUGAACUAGCUAGCAUAUCGAAAAAAGAUAAAAAAAAUAUAAACAAUGAAUAUAAUAAUGGCAAUAGUGACAAUAAUAAUGUUAUCAUAUCUAAUUAUCAAAGUGAUUAUUAUUCCAAUACAAAUACAAAUGAUGAUAAUAAUAAAAUCAUUGACCAAUCAUGCAAUAAUGGAAAUAUAAUAAGCAAUAAUAAUAAUAAUAAUAAUAGUACUGCCAAAAGGAUAAAUACAACAAAUAGUAAAUCUGGUAAUAUGGAUCCAGAAAAUCCAUUCGAAGAUGAUCAUGAAGAUUGGGAAGAUUAUUCAAAUGAUGCAUUAGUUGAUAAUGGUGAACCAGGUGUAUUAGUUAAAGCACUUUAUGAUUAUGUUGGUGCCGAAGCUGAUGAAUUAUCGUUCAAACAAGGUGAUAUAUUCGAAAAAUUGGAAGAUGAAGAUGACCAAGGAUGGUGUAAAGGCCGUAAAGAUGGCCGUGUUGGUCUUUAUCCAGCCAAUUAUAUCGAAAUUCUUUCAACUGUUGCCUCGUAGCUCAAAAUUUUAAAAUCAUAAAAUUACACUUUCAAAUACACACAACACAUUCUUUCUCUUUUUUUUUGCCACCACAUUUUUUUUCCUCUUCCUCAUUACUACUAAUGAUCAU